UAAAAAAUUACCAAUUUGCAGCACGCCCUCUCUCUCUCUCUCUCUCUCUUCCAUCGGCUUCUUCGAUCGAUUUCGUGCCCUUGGCCCCGGAUUUGCAUCAGCAUUCGAAGUGGGGUGCUGAUUGGAUUCGUCGACGACUGUGCAAUAUACGUCGGAGAAUUAGAUUUUUCAGUUGAUUGGGAGAGCCAAGGGGGAUGGAUUUGGACAAAUGGAUUGUUAAGGUGAAGGACGGACAGCACUUGUCCGAAGAUGAGCUUCAGCUCCUCUGCGAAUACGUAAAGGAGAUCCUAAUUGAAGAAUCAAAUGUCCAGCCCGUCAAUAGUCCAGUCACAGUAUGUGGGGAUAUCCAUGGACAGUUCCAUGAUUUAAUGAAACUCUUUCAGACAGGAGGUCAUGUACCAGAGACGAACUACAUCUUUAUGGGGGAUUUUGUUGAUCGUGGUUAUAAUAGUCUAGAGGUUUUUACAAUUCUUUUGCUUCUCAAGGCGAGAUACCCAGCUAAUAUUACUCUCCUACGUGGAAAUCAUGAAAGCAGGCAACUAACCCAGGUUUACGGAUUCUAUGAUGAAUGCCAGAGGAAGUAUGGAAAUGCUAAUGCAUGGCGUUAUUGCACAGAUGUCUUUGAUUAUCUAACCUUGUCAGCAAUUAUUGAUGGAACGGUACUUUGCGUGCAUGGUGGCCUAUCCCCAGACAUUAGAACUAUCGAUCAGAUUCGACUCAUUGAACGGAACUGUGAAAUACCCCAUGAAGGGCCCUUCUGUGACUUAAUGUGGAGUGAUCCUGAAGAUAUCGAGACGUGGGCAGUGAGUCCUCGAGGAGCAGGCUGGCUUUUUGGUUCCCGGGUUACCUCUGAGUUCAAUCACAUAAACAAACUCGACCUGAUUUGCCGUGCCCAUCAGCUAGUCCAAGAGGGUCUAAAAUACAUGUUCCAAGAUAAAGGACUCGUCACCGUAUGGUCUGCACCAAACUAUUGCUACCGCUGUGGAAAUGUUGCGUCAAUUUUGAGUUUCAACGAGAAUAUGGAGAGGGAAGUGAAAUUUUUCACAGAAACAGAGGAAAACAACCAAAUGCGAGGACCCAGAACUGGAGUGCCUUAUUUUCUGUGAUUGGGAAUCGUUAGGUUCGAAGAAACACAGGAUGUAGGUACGGUACACUGCUAUUGCUGCUGCUCUCAAGGAGAGUUUUCGAAAGGACAAUCAUCCCAUCCCGGUUGGUGUUGUUCUCCCUCACUUGCUGCUUUUCUUUAUUGCUUCAUUAUGGGUUUACUUACAUGAUGAUGAUGAUAUGAUAGUAUGUUGUUACUUGUUUUGUUUGGGUUGUUGUUGAUUGUUUGGAUUAUUAUUCAUAGUUGAAUUGAAUUUACAAUGAAUGAAUGAAUGAAUUAAUGGUGUACAAGUAACUUUUAGACAA